UUUAUAAACUAUCUAAAUAAAAAAUAAAUUUGAACCCCCUACAUAAGUGUUUGGUGUAUUCUUGCUUUACUAAGAGAAUGAAAGAGCUGUUCACUUGAAAAUUGUCUAAAAGAUCUCUACUAAUUUGUGCCUAUUUGGUUUUAUGUAUUCAGUAUUAAUACUGCUCCAAAAUAUGAGUGUAUUAUUAUGAUUUUCUUUAUAAAUAAAUGAAAUUUAUUUUUUUAAGGUAUACUUUACAAUAUUUGUUGCAUGGAGAUUGGACCCGGCUGGAGGCUUCAUUGAGAGCGAAGUUUACUGUUGUUUUGCACAAAGUGUUGUUGGUAUUAUCGAAGACUGAUGAAGAGACAUUGAGGAAAUGUAAACUUUUAAUCAAAUUAGUUCAUGAACCUUGGAAAAAUUCAACCCUGCACAAAAUACUGCACAGCCAAUCUCCUUCAGAUAACGAAGUGUGUGAAUAUAUUACUUCAGAAGGCAGUGAACUCAUACUUAAGCGUUUGGAAGUACUGUGUGAAGGAAAGUGUGAAGAUUUAGCUCUGAAAUUAGCAGCUACUCUUUUAAAACAUCUCAAUCAUUGUAAUGAAUUCAAAAAGAAUGACAUUGAUCAUAUCACUGAUAUUUUGUUAAUUUUAUUGUUUCGAUUUGGCCACAAUCAAGAAAUUAUUGAGAAGCUAAAAAAUUUGGAUCUGAAAGAAGGUUUACAAUUAAUUAAACGAUUUUCAAGAAGGAAAACUAAUAGUAUUGGCUUCUGGAAAUUUUGUGAUAAGGUCACUGAAUUAGCAGCACAUACUAUUCUUGCCUCUGGUAUGGUUCAAAAUGUUGAAUGUAAGGAAAAACAAAGCAUACUCUGUGAAUUAAUAAAUGAAUGGGCCCUUAUUCAUGUACCAAAGUUAACUAAGUGCCUCUCUACACUAUGUAACAUGGUACGGAAAAUUGUUCAAAAAGCUGAAAGUCCCAUCCAUAUUUACAUUUUUGCACAAGUCCUACAUAAACAGCUUGGAAGUCAAGUUAAAUCCUUAUGUAUUGAGCUUUAUAUUCGAGGAUUUACUACAAACAUUAACUUAAUUGAGCACCAUAAAUCUUCCAGUGAUGAUGAAAAAAUUCUUAAAGCUGAAAUUCUUUUAUCUCACAGUUUUUUGGAACUAUCUGAAAUUCUUUGUGAUAACAUAAUCAUUUAUAAAGAAUGUUUACUUACUGCAUUUUCACUGUAUCCCACAAAGGAUUGUUUAAAGCGUUUAGAAAAGGCUGCAUUAUUAUGUGGUUCCUGUAAAAAUGAAAGUUCAGAUUUAAAAGAUCAAGAUAAUAUUUGGAAUAAUUGCAAAAAUGUGUCAUGUAUUUUAAAAAAUAAAAAAACAGAAGAACAAUUCAUUGAGGCCGUUAAUGGUUUAAAUAUUUUAAAUUCAGAAUUGUUGGGUUUGGCUCCACAUCUUUGUGAUGAUCUUUCAACCGUACUUUCUAACCCAAGAUGCCAAACUUUAAGCUGGUCAUUAGGAUGGAUGAUAUUAAAAAAAAAGUGUGAAGAUUAUUUGACUGCUUAUUUUGAUAAAGAAAAAAGAAAUAAUCGAAAUCCUGAAUUAAAAUAUUUAAACAUUGACUAUUCUCAAUUUGAAAAGCAGCCAUUUAAUAAAAAACAUGAUCACCCACAGAACAAAACCAGGAGGAAAAAACUGAGUCAAUUUUCUGAUUCAAAUAUAAUUCAAGUUACUGAAAAUAGUUCCUCUAAAAGUACAGCUAAAACAAAUAAUGAAAAGAAAGUUGGUGAAAAAAGUAUUCUGAAAUUGUCUAUGCUAAAGAUUAAUGAAUUAAAUACUAAAAACAAUUUCCUAUUAUCUGACAAAAAUCAAAUAACUCAAGAGCCAUUUGUUCCCACAAAACCAAUUAUCAUUAAAAGAACUUAUUCACGGAAAAAUGAUAGGUCCAACCAAGCCGAACAGAAAAUUCAGAAUAUCAUCAGUGAAAAUACAUUGCAUCAGGGUAAUAUUGGAUCAGCCUUUCUUAGUGAUUAUAAUCCAUACUCUGGAAAUUCUGUCCAGAGUCCUAAACCAGCGGAAGUUCCCCCAGAGACUCCAGACUCCAGUUAUCAUGAUUCAACGUAUCAAUCAAAGUUAAUUCCUUUACUGAAUCAAAAAGUUCUUAUAAAUGAUAAUUAUGGUAGAUCUACUAAAAGUCCUUCAAUAACUUUUAGACAUAACUCGGCAGAAUUCAAUAGAAGUAAAAGUUCUCUUGUAAAUCAGCCUGCAUCGAAGAACAAAAUACUUGCCAAAUAUAUUCCUGGCAUGAAUUCUCUGGAUUUAAUUGUUCCUCUAAGGCCUGAGCCUACAGUCCAGGUAGUACAGAUACCUAGCCCUAACACAAUUCUUCAGCCUGUUUCUUCAAAUUCCCCUUCAGCAAUCCAGACAAAUAGCACAUCAAUUGCCAUUUCUAAGCCUUUGACUGAACCCAUUAAUACACAGUCAAAUAAUGUUGUUACUUCACACUCUCAGGCUCAUUCUCAAAGUAUUCAAACGUCUAUUGAAUCUACAAAUAAUUCUAAUUUUUUGUUAACAACUGUGGUAAAUCCUGGAACAUUAACUCGUAUUCACAGCUCUGAUCAAAGGCAUACAGCAACCCAUGUUGCCACCAACUUAGCCUUAGCGAGAACACAGCAAAAGCCUUCUUCUUCAGAUUCAGGUGUUUCAGAAAAUGUGAAUGUUUCAACAGAUUCUAUGAGUGUUGGAGUUAAUACGUCAUCUCAUGAGGGAAGCACACCAGUUACAGCUCAUAUCCAACGUGUUGGGCAGCCGCAUAAGGCUAAACACACACAACUCUAUGAUGAAUCCAAUGUUUUGAAAUCAUCCAGUUCAAAUUCAAGUGUUCAUAUUCCUGGAACUAUACAAAUUUUUGAUGAAUCAAACAAAGUUUCCUCUUCUUCCCAAUCUAAUGCUGGCACUGUUUCUGGUUCUGUCUAUAGGUUCAUUUUAAAAGAUGGUAAGAUUUUGGAACAAUAUUGUCAUAGCAAUCAAAAUGCAAUUUUUCAACUUCCAGAUCUUUUACAAGAAAAUAAUUUACAAAAUUCUGUUCAACAAGAACAUGUAAUUAAAUUGUUGAAAAAAAAGAAGGAUCCGAAGAAAGAAGAUUCUGUUAAUGCUGAAAGUACUCAAAUUCCUAGUUUGCCUCAAUUCCAUCAAGUUUUUCGACGACAAGUAUAUCAAAGUGGCUCCAUUAUUGAAGGGGCUUCUAUUCCUCCUUCUCCUAGCCAAUUCAGUGAAGAUUCUUCAUCUGAAAUUCAGAAACAAGAAAAUCCCUCAUCACCUCUUUCAAAAGCUGUCCAGACAGUUUUGAAAGAAGACUCUAAAACAAAACAGUCCACUGAUAAGACAAAUGAGGAUGUUCCUACAAAUGCAAUAGCUAACCAGAAUACUAUCAAAGUUUCUUCUGUUUCUGAAAACAAAGAAUCUGUGUCCGACUUACAAUCAACAUCUGGUGUCAUUUUUACUUGUAAAGUACCCAUAUCUCUUUCAGGAAAUACAGUUUUACAAGCUAAACCUGUUUCAAUACUUAAAACUUCUAAUGCUCAUGAUGUCUCCAGAACUAGUCAAAAGGUAGAUUUGGAUUCUAAAAGUAAAGAUUCUGUGAUAAGAAGUAAUAUGAAUGCAUUACUUGCUGCUGCUUUACAAAAUAAUCCCCUUAAAUCUAAUACAUCUGACUCUAGUGAUAAUUCUACAAUUCACACUGUGAAACAGAUAAAAGUUGGUAUACAAGAAGUGAAAUCUGAUGGCUCUUCUAAAAUCAGAAUGCCUUCUCCUGCACAAAAAACUGUUAAAAGGCAGCCCUUAGUUCAGCAUAAUGUAACAAGAUUUUCAAGACCAAGUACUCAUGUUUCUUCUGGUACUACAAUUAACCAGAAUGCUCCACCUGUUGUUACUAUACCUCUACCCACAAGAACUGUGCAAGUUUUAACUAAUAUUAAUCAAAAUCCCUUACCAAAUUUGUCCAAAAUUGAUAGUAGACGAGAUCAGAACAUUUCUCAAAACAAUGACCAGUCUUCAGUUAGUUCCACUACAUUAGAACAAUUAAGAGAAUUUGAAUCCGUCCUGGAACAAGUUACCAAUACAUCUCAAAUGAAAGAAAGAAGUAAUGUAAAGAAGACAGAAUCUUUAACUUUGGUGCAAACAUCAAAUCCUGAAUUUUCUAACUCUGGACCAUCUAAAGUGAAUACUUUAUUUCAGACUUCUUUAGUGAGUGCUAUUUCUGAUUUAAACGCAGAUAGAGUUAGUCUUACUUUUAUCAGUAAGUCCUCCACUACUUGUUCCAAUACAUUAAUCACUAGUAAUUCACCAAAAAUAUCAGCCUCUACUCCAGUUGUUGUUGUACAGAGUUGCAGUCGGCCUCUAACAUCUCCUGCAUUGAGUAUAAGUUCUCAAAAUUCUCCAGGUUCUUCUCCUUCUACCCCACCAUCCAACUCCCAAUCAAAAAUUAACUCUAAACUUACCAAACCUAAAACUAAAUCAAUUGGUAAAACAGCACCCACAGCAACAUUAAAAGUUUCAACUUUACCGAAACCUCAACAGAAGCCUCAAGAAGAUGAACAAACAACCCAAAGAAUUUAUGCUAUUUUAGAUAAAUAUGCUGAACAGCUUAGAAACUCACCAGAGUUAAAAAACAAACCUGCUCCUAGAAGACGUUCAAAUCCUCCUACUAAUCCUUCACAAUCUUCCAAACGAAAAAAGUCAUCUCAAGGAAAGUCUAAAAGCUUUACAAGUAUUCCAUCCUGUUCUGGUUUGGAGAUGAGUCCUUGUUCUGAAGAUUUAAGAACUGCUGGGAGUGAAGAUAGCUCAAAUGGUGUUAGUCAGGUUACACAAACCAUUAGUUCUCCACAAAGUAGAAAUGAGGAACAUUCUAACCCUUCAGAUGUUGUGCCCGACAAAUCUGAAUCAUUAGAUAAAGAACAACGAUUACAGCAUAGAAUUUUACUUGCAGAUCAAACAUCAGGCUCAGGAAGAACAGUUAUAGUACAAGAUAAUGUUCAGCCAGUUAUUAGUGUGGAAGGUACCAAAGUUAUUGCAGGUAAACAGCUUGUUGUUGGUAGUGGUGCUACAGUUCCUCUUACAUUAUCUCUACCUGGUGCUGGAAACGUAAAACAAGUGUUGUUUCCAGUUCCUGCUGAUGGUCGACCUUUUGUUGUUGCAAAAGUUCCAAAAAUGUAUAGGUUUCAUCAAGUAACUAUGCCCAGUGGUUCACCUCUGAUUGCUUCAGCUAGUUCUGGAACUGUUCUUUUGAGACAAAUGUGUCUGAAUAAGUCUAAUUCCACAUUAAAACAAGUCAAACUUCCUGUAGUUUCUCAAAUAUCAUCACAUAUGGCUUCUCAACCAACCGUAGUUUUGCCAUCAGGUUCUCAAUCUUUUACUUUAUCUGCUGGCUCUACUACUAUUGACAAUGAUAUAGGUAUAACCCUGGACAAUACUAUUUUACUUAAUUCUUCAUCAACUUCAGGAUCAUCUAUUGGAUUUCUGCAAAGAAAUUUGUCAAAAACAACACAGGCUUCAAAUGUUUUAGCAAACAAUCGUACUGUAACUUCUCAAGAAUCUAGUCAUGUCCCUGCCUCUAGCGAAGUUAUGGUAUCUGUAAAAACUGAGGGUAAUUUAAUACAUACUGAAAAUUUAAAUGCAGAUUAUUCUAAAUCUUCUGUUAAUAAUAAGGAUAUUAAAAGUGAAGAAAUUAAAUUUUGUUCAAAUAAUGAAAACACUGAAGAAAAGUCUAGAAAAACAGUUCCUGUAAUAUCUUCUCCUACAUCGAAUACUAAUUGGGCACAAGCCCUGAAAGAUGCUAAUGUGAAUUGUAGUAUAUUAAAUAAAAUUAAGGAGAAAGAAGGGAAGGAUAAUGUUCGAAGAGAAUCUUCAGAUGUCAAAGACUGUGAUCUUGCAGAUUUGUGUUUAGACAGAAAACAUGAGGAAUUAUUAAGUAGGACCGGAGUUACCGAAAAUAGAAGUAUCAAGCAAAAGAAUUCAGACAACAAUUCGUAUUGUUUAGAUGGAAGUAUAACUGAUUCAAAGUCUGUUCAAUCACAACAUUUGAAUGAUCAUUGGCAGCUUAAUAUAAAACUUGAAAAACCUAGUAACUCAAUAAAAAAUGAAUCGAUAUCACCUUGUUUAGGUGAGGUGGAAAAAGAAACAGAUUCCUCCCCUCAAACUGUUUCGGAACAACCACAAUUACAUGGCCAAGGUUUGAAAAGAAAAGUUGAAAAUACUAUUUUUCAAAUUGCUUUUAAAAGGGAUAAAAUUAAGCUGACUAAAGAUGAUUUAAUUCAACAAAGAAGUGCUAGUGCUCUUGAACGUGAACUUCGUUUGCAGAAAAGUCUAUCUGAAGAAUGUGAAGAUUUAGGUGUAGACAAACCUAGUACAAGUGACCUAUUUCCAGAAGCAGAACUUUUAUUAGAUUCUGAUCCUUUAAGUAGAGAUAGUCUUCAAGGAGAACUUUUUUCAAGAGCAGAAUCAUCAUCCAGUAGUCUAAGUUCUCCCAAUUGUAGUCCUGUAUUGGCUAGUAAACUUAGUAAUAGUUGGAAGAACCAACAAAGGUCUAUUUUGAGGCAUAAAUUCAAUUAUAGUAGAAGUGUUAGUCCUGUUAAAAAAAAUUCCUUUGAUAAAAAUGACUCUUUGAAAGAUACUAGUCAUUCAAAUUUGCAUUCAAACUCUUCUAAAGGUGUUGGUUAUGAUAUAAAAAACUCUAGUAGCUUUAAAUGUUUGUCAAAAGUAAAAGAAACAAUUUCUGGCCGUGAUCCAGACCUUAGUAUGGAGUGUACUGAUAGUGAUCCUUGUAAUUUUUCUGAUGUAGAUGAUGAUUGCCAUGAUACUGAUAUUUUAGAUACUGAAGGUGAUUCUGAUAUUGACUUUCUUCCAAAAACUCCAAAUAUAAAGCAUUGUAAUUCUCAAAAAGAUCUAACUGUUGAAAGAACAAAUGAAUCGUCAUUGUUGAGUAGAUUAUCUCAUUCACCAUAUAAUAAAUGUGAUUAUUAUUCAAACAAAGAUAGUAUAGUUGAAAAAAGGAAUGUUGAUACAUCUCCAUGGUAUCAUGUAACUAAAGGGGCUCACAAAGAAACUUUAGAAGCUGGUGUAGAUAAAAGUAAUAAUGGUACAAUUAGAGAAGGAAUGAAUGAAUCCGUGAAUGGGACUUUGGAAGACUUUGAUGAUCAACAAGAUUCAUUAAAUAACUACAGCCCUGUUAAAGUUUUUCAGGGUAGGAAAAGAAAAAAAAUUGGACUUUUUUUAGCUAGUCCUAGUGAAGAAGAGAGUGGUAGUUCAUCGGACACUGUAUUAGCUGGUUCUGAUUCAUGUUCUGGCUUUCAUGACAAUCUCAGUAAGAGAUCAAAUGCAAGAGGUAGGAUUAAGAAAGGAUGUCCUUGUUUUAAUGGAUCCCCUGAACCUAAUAAAAAAAAGAAGGAUGUACCAAUUACUGAGAAGACUGAUAAACCCUGUUCUACAAAAAGCUCCUCUUAUAGUACAAAAAAAACAAUAAAUAAAAGCACAGUUAAAAUUGUUAAUAGAAAAAGGUAGUUCAAGUAUCGAAAACCCUUUCAUUGUUUAAAUGAUUCCCCUUUAACAUUUGUAUUGUAUUAUAGUGUCUUUAACCAUGAUUUUAGUUUUAUAUUAAUAAAUAUUUAUAUUAGUAUGUUUGUGUAAGUUUUAUGUGAAAAAAGGGGAAACAUUUUAAUUACAAAAUAUUAAAGUAACAAGAACAUUUUUUAUUAUUAUUUUAAACUGCUCUCCAUUCUAUCAGGUUUCAUUGUAAUUAAUUACUUUAAAUGAGUGUAUGUUCUACCAUGGUUUUGAGUUUUAUCUUCAUCCUUGUUGAAAACUUAUUUGUAUUUUACAAUGUUGUAUUUUACAAAAAUUGCCCAGAAUUAAAAAAAAAAUAGUUUUUCAUUGAUAUUUUUUAUUCUUUUAUUUUUCAAAAAUAUAUUUGAUAUCAUUUAUUUGUUAUUGUGUCUAAGUAUCAUCUAGUCUGAAAAAUAAUUUAUACAUCACAUUAAUAUCAUCUCCAUCUAAAUUAAGUUGUAGAACGUGAAUUUCUUUGAUUAAUGUUACCAUUUUUAACAAAAUUUCGUAGUGAUGGAGCUUUUAAGAAGCUUUAAUCAUGCAGCUGAUUUUGAGGAAAUUUGAGGUUAUUUUUAAUCAAAGCUAUUCCGAGUUAAAAGUGCUUGUGAUAAAUGAAUAAUGAUGAAAAGAAAAAAAAAAUUGCUGUAAACUAGUUAAUCUCCUAUUUUUGCUCAAUGUCUACCUGAUAUAGUUCAACAUUAAAAGCAAUGAUGCAACAAUUUUUUAUUCAGUAUAGAUCCAAAAAUAAAAUAAAAUAAUAAAUUCUGGGUUGUUUUUUCAUGCAGUUGGGCUUUAUAUUUAUACUAAUGUUUAUUUUUUGUUACAUUUAAGAUAUGUUUUUUAUGGAUUUUUAAUUAAGUAGCAUGGCUGAGAAAUUUAUUUUUUAUUUUGGGAGUUUCUCUUCUUCAUGUAGUUAAUUUUUACUUGAAUAUUGUGCCAUUUAUGAAUGCAGUUUUAAAGUUCUGGAAAAUUAUAGAAAUUAGUUUUUGUGCCACCCAAUUAAGGAUAGUGGAGUCCUAUUACUAUUAUCUAUACAUAUUUAUAUUUUAACGGUCAUAAAUUAGUUACAGUUAUAUCAGUUUCAUUAAUUAUUUUUCUAUUUUGUAUACAACGUGUUUUCUUAGAAAUACUAUGCAGUUAAAACCGUUAAUAAAUAAACUAAAUUAGUAACUGGAACAGUUUAAUGUUACUAUAUUAAAUUAUAUGAACAAAUUCAUGCGUAUGUAAUGCUGCUUCUUGAUUUAAUUUAUGGCAAACUAGACUUCUUUAAUGAGUUUAUUAUAUUAGUUAAAAAACAAACACAUUAAAAUGUUUACAGGAAAUCAUAAGAGUAGCCAUCUAAAGUGUUAAGGAUAUUAUUGAAAAGUAGUAUACUAAGUAUUACUUCUGCUUCUAUUAGCUUUAUUUUACUAUUGUUUGUUGUUUGCUUCUUUAUUUCUAAUUUUCACUGAUUUUGUUCAUUUAAAAUUACUUUUGGUAAUUAUUUAAAAAUCCGAUCUCCUUUUAUAUGUCUCUGUUGCAGAUUAUAAUGCAUAUUAAAGUAGAUGGGUAAUUUUCAUUUAUUCCAAAUGUUUAAUUCAGUUUGAAUAAGUAGUCACUAUUAGGAUAUUUUUUUAGCAACCUGUUGCAUAUUCUGUUAAAAAUUAUUUUUAACUGGCUUUCAUAACUAAAUUUCAAAGUGUAAAAUAAAAUUCUUAUUCUCAUAGACUUGUGGACUUAAGUAUGUAUUGGUGAUUAUUAACUAGAGUUUGUUAGUAUUUUGAAUUGAAUGAUUGAAAAGCGAUUAUUCUGUAUAAAAAUAUAUUUAAAUCCAUACAUUUAAUUUUUAAAUGCAUACGAUUCUGCUUUUCAUCACUUAAAAUACUAUUUUAACUACAAUUAUUUAUAUUGUGAAUAUUAAUAUGUUGUGGGAUGUGUUAUUUUGGUGUUCCAGUUCAAUUUAAGCUUUAAAAAGUUGUAAAUGUUAUGGAAUUUGUUUUAUCUUCAUUAUUUAAUGGGAAGAGAUUGAUGUAGUAAUACCUGUAAUUCUGUUUACCUGAGAACUCAUCAAAUUAUGAGUACAUAUUCUUUACAUUUAUUUUAUCAUUACAAAGUUACAUUAUUUUAAAAUGUUCUUGUACAUUAGUGAUUGAUUUUAAAAUAUCCUUAACUAUAAAUAAAUAGAUUUGUAAUAGCUUUUUAAGAGGAAAUGAAAGGGUUUGAAGCUUAAGAAAAGGUUCAUUUGUUAGACUAAACAAAUCUCUUUUUGGGGGUUGGGUAUCACAACCUUUCCAAUCCAAUACCAUAUCUUAAAAGCAUUAAUACAUAUUUUAGAAAUCUGUUAAUGCUCAUUCAUGAAGCGAUUCUUCCAAAAAUUUAUAAAUUUGUACUUAUAACUAGUCUUAAUCUAUAGAAUAUUGUAGAAAAUUUUAAUUUUUACCUGUGAUUGUUUUUGAAGGUGUAUUGUCCUUUUAUUUGAAUUUUUUGUUGCUUACUGUUUUUAAAAUAAUUAUAAAAAUUUCUUAUUGAUUAAUUGCAAUUUUUUACAGUAUUGGUUUUCUUCACUCUUGCAGAACAAGAUUUACUGUUAAACUUUAUUUUUUUCUUUUUGGGAAGAAUUAACUUCUUUUGCAAAACUUUUUUUUAAAAAGUUUGUACUUUAUGUUGGGCUAUUGUUUUAGUUUUAUGUUUUAAUGUUUUAAAAUUUAUUUUAUUUAUUGAAACUUGACAUUACAUCACUAUAUAUGUAUACAUGUUGCUAAUAAUUAAUUAAAAAUAUUCUCUUAUUUAUUCUCAUAAUUUAUUUUUAAUUUCAAUUAAAAUUUAAAAAUUAAUUAUUGCUUUUAGUUUUAAAUUAUGUUUAUUUGUUAUGAUCUGGUUAUUGAACUAUGAUUGAACUAUGGUGAUUAUCAUUUGAAUAAUCAAUCAAUUUUGUUUAGGUUAUAUUAAAAUCACUCUGAAUAAUCUUCUCUUUAUUGUAAUUUCAAACACAUAAUCACACAAUUUCUAACAAGAUAUGUAUUUUAAAUUUUAGUAAUGAACAAUUUCUAUUUCGUUUUUCCAAAAUUAUUUUCUUCAAGUUUCUAUUUUUUAGAAAACUAUGUAAAAGUUUGGUAAAUUAUAAUUUAAACAAUUGUUAGCUUAAUAAAAUGCUCCCUUAGACAAUAGGUGUAAUAUUAUCAUUAUAGUAAAUAAAUAUUUUAUCAAAUCUAUCAACAAACAUUUUCUUUAAAUUAUUAUUUUUAUUUAUCUUCACGCAAAGGUACGUUUGGACUUAAAUAUAUUUUUCAUAAUUCUCUUUAAUUUCAUUGUUUGUUUUAUUUUCUACAUGAUAAUUAAUCACUUAAACAGCACCUUAACAAUUUAAUUUUUAUUAAUUAUUUUUGUUAUAUAUUUUUUCAAUUUUUAUUCUAACUUAUAUAUGUUUAAUUUAAUCAUAAAAAUAUAUUAUUUUUCAUAUAUCUGAUGUGUAUCCCCUCAGAAAAAAUAAAUAAUUAAGAAAAAAAGGAAAGAGAAAAUAAAUUAAUUAUUUGGUUAUUUAUAAGGUGUACUUAAUCUAUUUGUAUUUUUUAAAAAUAAUUAAGACAUUUUCAGUAAUAAAAUGUGAAGUAUUUCACAAAGUAAGUUUUUAAUGGUAUUCACAGAUGUGCCAUUUUAAGUAUAUGACAGAACAUUUUUUUUUUUUUACAUAAUUGCCUUAAAAUAAUAUUAUUCUUCAUAAUACAAGCACAACAUGUGUUCUGCGAUAUGCGCCUAAAUUAUCUGAGAGCAAUUAAAACUUAAAUAUACAUUAUUCUAAAAAAUUAUUAGUGAACAAUAAUACUAUACAUAGACUGAAAUAAUUUAUUAUAUAAGUAUUAAGAAAGAAACUAGCUUUUGCAGAUAAUUUCGUGAUUAUAGUUUAUUUUAACCAAAAUUCUAUUAUAUCCAAAGGUAAAAUAUGGAUAUUUUAUUUCUUUAUACACACAUUUAUUAAUAAAUCAACGCACAUUAUCCAUAUAUACAUAAAAUACAGAAACUGAAUAAUGAACAUUUAGGUGUGUAUACUUUUGAAUCAUACAUUUGAGUACAUUGAAAAAAUUGUUUUUUAAAUUGUUCUUUUGAUGUCAAGUCAGUACAGUACACCUUCAGGUUUCAGAAUUUUUAGUAAAUUAAAUUUGCACAUUGUAUCAAUUUCUUAUAUGUAUGAUUAUGACAAAGUAGAUUUUUUGUUUAUAUGUCUCUGUGUGUAUAAAUAUAAGUAAAUAAAUAAAUAUCUUUAUAUUUAUACAAUCAUACAUGUAUCUGCACUUAGGUAUUUUCUUAUUGUAUUAAAUGCAUCAAGUAUUAUUAAACUGCCAAACCUGAAAAGCAAUUUGUUUUUUAUUGUUAUAUAAACACUGUUCUUGAAACUAUAUUCUCUGUUAUGUGAGGUUAUUCCUUAUUUUUUUACUAUAAUUCAGAAAAACUUAUGAUUUUUUACGUUAUUUUACUUCAGUAUUUGCAUUUUUGUAGUAUUAUUAGUAUUUGUUACCAGUUUGGAAAGUUACCGAUCAAGAAGUCUUUUAUUUAUAUUCCUUUUUUUUCUUUAUAUUUUAAUUUUGAAUUUCUUAUUAGUAUUAUAUAUAUAUA